AUGACGGCGACGGCUACUGCUAUGGAGCAUGGGAAGGCGAAGGGCACUCUGUUUACAAAUGAAUUUUCACUAGUUGAUGAGUAUACCAUUGCUAGAACACAAACGGUUGAAUAUGGAGUAGUUCGCAAAUACCUUAUCAUUACCUUCAGUUCCAUUGCAUCAAUAGUAUAUUCUACAAUUUUGUGCACUGGAGCCAUUGUUUACCACUAUUACUCCAAAUUGAUGGGCCGAACCAAGUUUAUUGCUCCUGAUCUUGAGUCUCGCGGCCAUGGUUAUACGCCAAGAAAGGCAUAUGACAAUUUAGAGUCAAUGACGGCGACUAGUGACUUACGGUACUAUGUUCGCGAAAUGGGGCUCGAUCUUGAAGAAUAUGAUGUUGAGACACCUGAUGGGUUUGUACUAGUGCUUCAUCACAUAUAUGAUCCCAAGGAACGACUGGAGGUGAGGGAAUUGAGAAAACCUACGUUUUUGCAGCAUGGGUUACUAUCGUGUUCCGGAGCCUUUAUUGCUACUGGAAAAAACUCGUUGGCAUUUUUUUUACAUGAAGCGGGGUACGAUGUAUGGUUGGGCAAUAAUCGGUCAUGGUUUCGUGCAAAAAGUGCGGUGUUGAAAGGUGACUUGUAUAAUAAUGAGUUGUAUUGGAAAUGGGGUAUGAAGGAAUUGGCAUACUAUGACCUUCCAUCAAUGAUUUCCACAGUAAUGAGUUUGAAACCACGCCAUAAGAAAUUAAUUUUGUUUGGGCAUUCUCAAGGUGGAUUGCAAGGUUUUUUAAUGUUAAAGAACCCACAUUUGGAGUAUAUACAUGACCAAAUUGAGUUGUUUGUGCCACUAGCGCCAGCAAUCUUUCCGGGCUACCUAUUCCACACCCGAAAUUUUAUCAAGAUCUUGUGUCUGCUCCAAAAAUGGAUGUGGACUAUGAUAUUUGGCUUUUGCGCUGUUUUGCGAAACUUGUGUUUAAUGAGGUACUAUAUUAGUCAUACCUGGUUAUUUGGUAAGUUGUCCUACUAUAUGUUUAAAUUUCUAUUUCGGUGGACCAACCGCAAUUGGGGGUCCAACAAAAAAAUAUGGCAUUUUUGUUUUAUAUUCAAUAUGAGCUAUGUCUCUGUUGAGUUGAUGCAGUAUUACCUUGGAGGUUUCAACUCUUUUGGGUUUAUACUGAUGCUUCAACCGGCCGCAGCCUUUGAGCAGAAUGAAGAGUUUUCAGCAUACGAUGUUGCGAGCUGCACCAAGGAUGACUCGCAACUGUUUUUUCCGUAUCAGAAAAAUUGGUUCAACAUUGACAAAUCGAAGAGGAAGGUGCCUAUAUUUAUUGUUGUGGGGGAAGAAGACUAUUUAGUUGAUGGUCGUAAACUAUGGCAGCAUAUGAUUGAUUUUGAGCCUGGCUAUACGAAUGGUGUGAAUUUGGAGUACGUUUCAAUACCCACGUAUAAUCAUUUGGAUGUGUGCUGGGCAGAAGAUAUCAUUGGUACAAUUGGGUAUCCAUUCAAUAAGAUUAUUGAGAGGAUGGCUAAAGCAGCCAAAGAGAGAGAAGUAGAGGAAGAAAAACUAGCUGUAAGCGUUACAGAUCUAGUACCGCCUUUAGUAGCCAAUCAGACUCAAAGCCAAACUCAAACUCGAAACCAGGAUCAAUACCGGAACACUGAUGGAAAUCAAUGUGGCGAUAGUGCAAUUGUUGUGGAAGACAAUAAUGACUUGGCUUUUAGAUUGGUACCGUCCAAUAUAUUGCUCGACAAUGUGAAUGCUUUAAAAGACAAUUCGACAUCUGGUGGAUUAGUAAAGGACACAGAACUGGAUGCGAAGCGGAGGGCACCUAUUGAAGUUUACUGA